CUUCUGUCCAAGCUCUUACCACCACUGCAACAAUCAAAACACAAUAACCAUCAUCACUGUUUUAAUCCACCAUCUCCACCGCCAUCAACAACAACAACAACACCUUCUAUGAUGCCUCCCCCAGCGCCGCAUCCACGCUAUGCCACUGUGCCCAUGACCAAGGGAAGUCAACAAGCUCACGAACACAAUAACAACGAGGAUACUUUCUCAAAACCAUUCACGGGCUCGGAUCAUAUACAGCCUUCGACUACAACGUCUUCGGCUACGUCAGCACGUUCUUCUAUCUUUUUUCAGCCAUCUCCACCAGUUCCUAAAUCUACGCAUAGAUCGACGUCAAGAGGGCCACAGCAAAAAACGCGUGCAGAUCCGUAUAAUCAGCAUUAUCAUAAUCGGAGCAGCAAUAGUGAUAGCAAUGAGCAACAACAGAAGCAACUACAACUAUCGCCACCACUACUGCCAGAAUCCCAAUACGCAACUAGUACUGCUAAUCCUACAGCACAAAGUAAAAGAAAUGAUGGCUUUGCCAACAUGAACAACAGCAGCAAUGAUGGAAACAACAAGAAGCAGCAGCAGCAUCCACCUACGUAUGCACCGCUCCUUUUCUCAUCUACGAACGCCAUGCCUCAACACGGUCGAUAUGAUGGACUCUUUGCUACGACAACCGAUGACUGCAAUGAGGAGGAUGUCCCCGAUAGCCCACUUUUGGCACAGGGUAAACGUGCUAUCUUGGCCACUGCAACUAGCAUGACCACAGUUAACAGCACAGGUCGUCGGUCCGUACAGCAGUCCUUGUCUGCCCCAUCAUCACAGCAGCAACAAGUACGACGACAGUAUGAUGAUAGCCCGUCGGUUCCUCCUUACUAUCACCAUGAACACCACAAGCAUCAGCAACAGCCAAUUUCUGAUAAAGAUGAUGAAAUCGACCAAUUGACACGCGCAUGCAAAGCAAAACUCGCUAAUCAAGAGCAAAAAUAUGAUGAAGCAACCAAUCAGAUCAGAACGCUACAAACAAGUUUGAACUCGCAGCAGUGCACAAUUAAAGAAAAUGAAGGUCGGGUCAACGAUCUGACGCAUUGGAUAGAAACUAUGCUUUCCAGACAACAUCAAUUCGAUCAUAACGUGCACAGCUUGCGUGGUCGAUAUGAAGCAUUCAACUGCGUCAUGGGGGAUCUCGAAAAGCUUGCACGAAGUUGCACGCAAACCAAAAUGACUAAUGCCAAAGCGUUUAAAGACUUUGAACAGCGUUAUUGUAAUCAACGUACGUAUGCGACUACCUUGAACUCCUUCUUAUAGCGCUCCUUCCAUUACAAUGACGACAGUCUCCCUUUUGGCACUUUUAAUGCUUUCCCAUCUUUAGUACGGAACCAAUUGGAUGGCUUGAAGC